CGUGUGAGGGUGCGCCUGAGCGCGUGUGCCCAGCACCCAGCGCCAGCACCAUGCCCGUACACUGGCUGGCCUUUCCCUGGCUCUUGCCGCCGUCACCGCAGCUGCUGCUGCUAUUGCUGCUGAGCGGAGGCAGAGGCUGGGGCUUCGCGUCCUGGGCCCGGGCGGAGGAGGCUGGGGAGCCCCUGGGCGCCCAGGGAGCAGACGGAGAGGACCCACAUGCCAAGCACCUGUACACGGGAGACAUGUUCACCCACGGCAUCCAGAGCGCCGCGCACUUCGUCAUGUUCUUCGCGCCCUGGUGUGGACACUGCCAGCGGCUUCAGCCAACUUGGAAUGACCUGGGAGAUAAAUAUAAUAGCAUGGAAGAUGCGAAGGUCUAUGUUGCAAAGGUGGAUUGCACAGCAGAUAGUGAAGUGUGCUCUGCACAGGGUGUUAGAGGAUACCCUACCUUAAAGUUUUUCAAACCAGGUCAAGAAGCUGUGAAAUACCAGGGUCCCAGGGAUUUCCAGACUUUGGAAAAUUGGAUGCUUCAGACACUAAAUGAAGAGCCUGCUACACCAGAGCCUGAACCAGAAUUGCCAACAGCCCCAGAACUCAAGCAGGGACUAUAUGAGCUGUCGGCAGCCAACUUCAAACUACAUGUGGCAGAAGGCAACCACUUUAUCAAAUUCUUUGCCCCAUGGUGUGGCCAUUGUAAGGCUUUGGCUCCAACCUGGGAACAGCUGGCUUCAAGUCUUGAACAUUCAGAAGCUGUCAGGAUUGGCAAGGUUGACUGUACACAGCAUUAUGAACUCUGCUCUGGAAAUCAAGUACGUGGCUAUCCCACGCUUCUGUGGUUUAGGAACGGUGAAAAGAUUGACCAGUACAAAGGAAAGAGGGAUUUGGAUUCUCUAAAAGAAUAUGUGGAGUUGCAGCUACGGAGUGUUGUAGGGGAAGCCUCAGAAACUAUCGAGGCUGCUGAGGCCCCAGAACUCACUGCAGAACCUGAGAGUGCUGUGCUUUCUCUCUCCGAAAAGGAUUUUGAUGACACAAUUGCUGAAGGAAUAACUUUUGUCAAGUUUUAUGCUCCAUGGUGUGGUCACUGUAAGAAUCUGGCUCCCACAUGGGAAAGCCUUUCCAAAAAGGAAUUCCCUGGCUUGACAGGAGUCAAGAUAGCAAAAGUAGAUUGUACUGUUGAACGAGCUAUUUGCAGCAAAUAUUCGGUACGAGGCUACCCAACAUUGCUGUUCUUCCGUGCAGGAGAAAAAAUCACCGAACACAAUGGAGCUAGGGACCUUGAAACAUUACACAGCUUUGUUUUGCGACAGGCAAAAGAUGAACUGUAGAAUCUCACUUGGGAGUAAUUUCCCUGACUGUUCUCCUAUGUCCAACUUGUAGGAGUUAAUCCAUGCUAAUGUUACUGAGUCUCAAAUGGUGGUUAUUUGGAAAACUGAAUGUACUAAAUUUGUGAUAUCUUCUGUGUGUGCGUGUUUUUUAAGCCAACACACUGUACUGAUUCUUUAUUAGGUUUGUCUGGGUAAAUAUCUAACAAAUAGUCACUGUGCAAACUGAAUAUUUUCAGUGGCAGUAGAGCAAUAACUGCCCCUUGACCUUCCUUUGAUGAAAUUCGAAUGGCUUCCUUUAAGACAUAAGUAGAGGGCAAGAAAAUCAAAUUAAGUGAAUUGGCAGACUAUUUUUGGCAUUGGGAUAAUCUUGGUCAAAAGCAGCUUCAAUUGCCCACAGUUGCUAGAAAGAUAGGAACCUGUAGAACUCCUGUUGCCUUUUAAAGUAAAACUCACCACUUAAGACUUUUGGUAACUUAUUUGAAAAAGAGUUUAAAGAUCAAACUCCCACUUUUGGAAGAUCCUGAAAUGCCACCACCAUGGGAUUCUCAUUUCUGUUCCUGUUUCGUCAUGGGAAGUUAGCCAAAAUGAUGGUACUUUUAACCUGUGCCUGAGUAAGAUUAUGUGAUGCCAUAAUUGUAUGUGUGUAUGUGUCUCUCUUUCCAUGUCAGGUGAAUUGUUACUUGAGAUUCUCUCGUUUGUUCCUUAUGGGGCAAAAAUCACACUGCUUCAUUUCUCUUUACUUGAAGCUGGAGUAUUCUCGAACUUUAAAGUUUGAUUAUUCUACUCAUAGAGAAGUAGGAGAGGUAUCAAAGAGCCUUUUAAAAAGUAUCUGCAAGCUCUCCUCAAACUUGGAAAAGGGCUAUUUUAGGAAACUUUGAAAGUAGCCCUGAGUAUAUUCUAUUAAUAAAUUUUUUAAUUCCUUAGUGAAGAUUCAGAUUAAACUCUUUACCUGAAAAAAAAUAAGAAGUAGGGUGGCCUUUUGUUUGAUCAUUCAACUAGGUGUGGUUAUAAGGACACGAAAUACUGCUGCAGUGUUCUAAAUGCAGAACCGUAACUAGGAUAAACCGACUGGGGCUUUGCCACAGGGCACUGAAAUUUAAAGGGCACAACAAUUUAACACAUCUACUUAAGUUAGAUGCUGCUGUAAUAAUUGCUUCCUCCUGCUCACUUAAAUUCAUUUAGUUAUAUGUAUUAUUUUUCACACUGUGAAUUCACAAAGUUGAUUUGAGGGGCUCAUUUUGUACUCUGUCCUAAACACACAUUUUGUGCUCCUUGCCCCAUGGGCCAAAAAUUGCUAGUUACGGCUCUCACUGUAACCUCUCCAAAAAUUUCCUAAAAAUAUAAGUGAUCCCUUAAGAAAUUUAAUUGGAAUAUGGAUGCUUUGUACUGCCUUGAAAGAUGAUUCUAUGGUGUUCAAGUGUGCUUUUCUCUACCCCUCCCCCAAACCCCUUGUGACCAGAACCAAAGAAUGGGUGGGUGGUAUGUGUAUAAAUCAUUUUGGAAAUAAGCAGCUCCAUAGCUAAAUUCA